GUGGGGAGGCGCAGGGAUGGCGGCUUGGCCCACUGCGGCAGGGAGCUUGAAGCUUCUGUUCCGGCUCCUGUUGAUGCUCCUGACGGGAGGACCUGCCGCUUCCGCGAAAAUGAAAGUCGUGGAGGAGCCCAACAGCUUCGGGCUGAACAACCCGUUCCUGCCUCCUUCCAGCCGGCUCCAGCCCAAAGCGACCCCCUCCCCGAUCUCAGGUCCUGAACAUCUUUUUAGGCUGGCAGGCAAGUGCUUUGGUUACGUGGAAUCUAUGUACAAAUACGAAUUCUGUCCAUUCUAUAAUGUCACCCAACAUGAGCAAACUUUCCGAUGGAAUGCUUACAGUGGAAUUCUCGGAAUCUGGCAUGAAUGGGAAAUUGAAAACAACACUUUUGUUGGUAUGUGGAUGAGAGAUGGAGAUUCUUGUGAGACAAAAAAUAGAGAGACAAAGGUACUUCUUGUAUGUGGAAAAAACAAUAGAUUGGCUCAAGUAUCUGAACCAAGCACUUGUGUUUAUUCUCUUACAUUUGAAACUCCACUUGUUUGUCAUCCACAUUCUCUUUUAGUGUAUCCAACCUUGCCUGAAGCUCUCCAGAGAAAGUGGGAUGAAGUUGAGCAGUUGCUUUAUGAUGAAUUAAUCACCAAACAGGGAUAUGAGAAAAAGUUGAGAGAGCUACUUGAAGAAGGCACCCUUUUAAAAUCAAGGAGAGACAAAAAAGGGAAGGACACUCAACUUCAACAUUUGGAAUUUGAGUCUGUGGAAAAGUGCAGCAAGGAAUAUAAGCGACUUUCUACCGAUCUGCAGAAAUUGUCGGAUUUAUUAACCCAGCAUGGAAUUGCAUAUGAAACUGUUCUAAUUGGAAACAGUGAUGAUAAUCACAUUACUCAAGCACUCGGGAUAAAAAAGUCAGAUCUUAGCACUCUUUCAAAAGCUGACCAGCACUUGCGUGGAGAUGCUGGAACUCGGUACAAUGCCUUGUGAGAAAAUUAAAUUGUCCGCCUUUCUCUGCCUUGGUAACCCUGUGUGUGAGGAUGGCAAUCUAUGUGCUGUGAUGUCUUGAGCUGUCAGAUUCCAUUCCUUUGUGGAUAAUUGCACUGUAGGCCCAUUUAGGCAUCAUGAGGAUGGAACAGCGAGAGUUGCAUUGGCAGGAAUACAUGUUCAGCACUCAAGGUACUGAGUGCUUAUUAGGCUGGUGCUGCAACAUGGAUGCUUCAGUGGCACUUCUUUUCUCAGGGGGAGUUGGGAGGAUAUCUUGUCUUGGAUCUUUGAGUAAAGAUACAGAAUUGUAACCGU